ACCUUGGAUAUAGAAAGAAAAAUUGUAAAGGUCAACGAAGAAAUAUAUUGGAUAUAUUUUUUCACGAGAAAUGACAUUUCAAAGAAAAAUAAAAAUCUUGUGUGAAUUCAACUUGAGAAAAACCCAUUUAAUCGGUGUAAAUAAGUUACAUCAAAAACUAAACAAAUUUCCUGCGAGCAAAAAACCUGGAACCACUGAGCUACCCCAGCACCAGGUUUUGUGCAAAAUUUGCCCUCACAACACUUACUCAGGACGUGUGUUUGGUAAAUUGAAUUAAUUGAUUUUAAUUUCUAUGCUCUUCGAAGGUGGUUGGUGGUUACUUCUUCAACGACCGCUUUGGUGGUCAACGAGUAAUUUAUUUGCUGCUUUUGGUUGCACUUAAUUAACAUUCCUAAUGCCAUAUAUAAUAUGGGAGGCCCCAUAUUUCAAAAACUACGCCAUUCCACUCAUAGCAAUCGUUCGGUUAGUUAACGUAGCCUUUCAAGGCGUACAUUUUGCCAGUAUGAUUAGCUUAACUAGCCAGAAUCUUUGCACAACAGAGCGCACAAGUCUUUUCACUUUAUUAACAUCUGGCUCAGCGAUGGGUGCUUUACUAACAGGCGUUUUAAGCUCAUUUGUACUGGAUUAUUUUGAUUGGUCUUGCGUGUUUCGCGUUGUAGGUUUCAUGGGUAUAGCGUGGUUAAUCAAUCUUAACCAAUCUUAAGCAAUUUCAAAAUUUAACAAAAAUACGCCUUUUUAAGCAUUCUUAAGCAUAAAUAAAAUUAUAUAAUUAAUAAUGAAACAAUUGUAUAUCUUUGGGAUGGUGCAAUAUAAAUCAAUUUGUUGUUAUGAAAGGAAAGUAGGUUAAUGCUUGUCGGACCCAAGUUCGCCAUCUCCCAUUGCAAAUCAUGGACGGAAGAAGAGCAAAAGUAGAGCAGGGUAUAGAUUACUCUGCGAUAGCCCGGUGAGGUUCGAUGGAAUACAUUAAGUUGUUACACGAAAUUCGAAGCAUUUUUAUUUUGUUUAUAAAUUUCUUGAAAAUUGACAAAACAACGUUACAAUCUUACAAACACACAAAUUAUUUUCUAUGUUGUGAUCCU